AUGGCAACUGGAAAACCCGCGGCCAUGUUGCGGCUAGAGAAUCCCAUCCAAAGCUUAACGCACGCGUUCUGGUUGUGGAAAGCCCUCCUGUUUAUUGUGAUCAUUGCCUGUCCGGGCCCAGGCUAUGAUACUUCUACUACAUUAAUCUCCUAUGAGGGCUCGGAUCUCACCACCUCGCUCCCCUGGCCAUUGAAACUAGCUCGCUGGGACUCCAUCUAUUUUCUCCGAAUCGCUGAGCAGGGCUAUGUUUUCGAGCAAGAAUGGGCCUUUGGCUACCCGAGAGUGUUGGGAUACUUUGUUUCUGGACUUCGCAAAUCUGGCGGGCUAGGGGGCCCCGUUCCAAUUGCUUUGAUAGCUGUCGUGUUAUCCCAUGCUGCCCACUAUUUUUCGGUUCUAGCUCUAUAUCUACUUUCGGCCAAUAUAUUUGGUGACGAGACGGUUACCCAGAAACUUAUUUGUUUCUUGUCAGCUGCACUUCAUAUCAUCUCCCCAGCGGGUGCUUUUCUAUCUGCCCCGUAUGGAGAAUCCAUCUUCUCGUUUCUCAACUUUUCAGGUUUCUACCUGUACUCCGGGUCUCUCAUCUCCGAGCGUCAGGGUUUUACGGUCUUGCGAGACUUGCAGGUCCUUACUGCAGGAGGGCUUUUUGCCAUUGCCACAAUGGUCCGCAGUAAUGGUAUACUGAGCGGAUUCUUGUUCGCAUAUGACGCCUGUCUCUUGAUAUGGACAGGCUUGACUAAGGGUUUGUCCACCCGCAACAUUCGUCGCCUGAUCAUCAUUGGAGUGGGUGGUGGCACUGUGGCACUCGGGAUGAUUGUACCUCAGAUUCAAGCCUACAGGACUUACUGCCUGACCGACCUAAAUCGUGAAUGGUGUGGCCGGACAUUACCCAGUAUCUAUACUUGGGUCCAGAGCUACUAUUGGAAUGUUGGGUUUCUCCGGUACUGGACCGUCUCCAAUAUCCCUCUUUUCUUACUCGCAGCGCCGGUCCUGUUCAUACUGGGUAAAUCAUCCAUGUGGGCCAUUCGAGCCCCCGCUACAUUGCGAUCCCAGUCUGGAAGCUCAGCGCCUUCACCUCUUAGCCCGGGCUCCAUGCUUUUCCGCCUGGCAAUUCCCCAAGGCUUACUGGCGAUCAUGGCCUUAUCAAGCUAUCACGUUCAAAUUAUCAACCGGAUCUCAUCUGGGUAUCCUGUAUGGUAUUGGUACCUCGUAUCGAUCGGCAUGGAAUGUCUCCAGGACCCUCGCAAGAACCACCGCAGUUUAGCGCUUGCCGCACAAGCCAUGGUAGCCUAUGCCCUGAUCCAGGGCGUUCUAUAUGGUUCUUUCUUACCGCCGGCGUAA